GCUUUGUUUGAUACUCAGAAUGAACUACGUACCCACAUCCCAAAUUUCACCUUCAAUCUGGGCUACUCAGGGAAAUUUUUCCACACAGGUACAGAUGCUGAGGAUGAGGGAGAUGACCUUCUGCUCUCUUACGUGAAGGAGUUUUGGUGGUUCCCCCACAUGUGGAGUCACAUGCAGCCUCACCUUUUUCACAAUCAAUCUGUGUUGGCAGACCAAAUGGCCAUGAACAAGAAAUUCGCUGUAGAACAUGGCAUCCCCACAGAUAUGGGAUACGCAGUGGCCCCUCAUCAUUCAGGGGUGUACCCAGUCCAUGUGCAACUCUAUGAGGCCUGGAAACAGGUGUGGGGGAUCAAAGUAACAAGCACCGAAGAAUAUCCUCAUCUCAAACCAGCUCGCUACCGAAGAGGAUUUAUUCACAGUGGAAUCAUGGUUCUUCCACGGCAAACCUGUGGAUUAUUUACACACACCAUAUUCUAUAAUGAAUACCCAGGUGGCUCGAGUGAAUUGGAUAAAAUCAUCAAUGGAGGCGAGCUUUUUCUGACUGUUCUCCUUAAUCCCAUCAGUAUCUUUAUGACCCACCUCUCCAAUUAUGGAAAUGACCGCCUGGGUUUGUACACCUUUAGGCAUUUGGUCCGUUUUCUGAACUCCUGGACUAACUUGAAGUUACAGACGUUGCCACCUGUGCAGCUGGCACAGAAGUAUUUCCAGAUAUUCUCUGAAGAAAAAGACCCCCUUUGGCAGGAUCCUUGUGAGGACAAGCGCCACAAGGAUAUUUGGUCCAAAGAGAAGACCUGCGACCGGUUCCCCAAGCUACUAAUUAUUGGUCCUCAGAAGACAGGUAUAUGGAGUUUUUCCCCAUUCCUUCCAACACUACUUCUGAUUUCUAUUUUGAGAAGAGUGCCAAUUACUUUGAUUCAGAAGUCACACCAAGGCGGGCUGCUGCACUGCUUUCCAAGGCAAAAAUAAUCACCAUCCUCAUCAAUCCUGCAGACCGGGCCUACUCUUGGUAUCAGCAUCAACGGGCACAUGAUGAUCCAGUUGCUCUGAAGUACACUUUUCAUGAGGUGAUUACAGCUGGACCUGAGACCUCUCAGAAGCUUCGGACUUUACAGAACCGUUGCCUAGUACCAGGCUGGUAUGCUACCCAUAUUGAACGCUGGUUGAAUAAUUUCCACACCAAUCAGAUUCUUGUUCUGGAUGGCAAGCGACUACGCACAGAACCAGCCAAAGUAAUGGAAACAGUCCAGAAAUUUCUUGGAGUGACAAACACCAUAGAUUAUCAUAAAACUCUAGCGUUUGAUCUCAAAAAAGGAUUCUGGUGCCAACUAUUAGAGGGAGGGAAGACCAAGUGCUUGGGUAAAAGCAAAGGAAGAAAAUACCCAGAGAUGGAUUUAGAUUCCAGAGCAUUCUUGAGAGAUUAUUAUAGGGACCACAACAUAGAGUUAUCCAAGCUACUGUAUAAAAUUGGCCAGACACUGCCAACUUGGCUGCGGGAAGAACUCCAGAACACUAGAUAGCCACUUCAAAUCUCUUGUAUUAAGCAAUAGUAGAAUGGAUCCUUGGGGAGGAUCUCAAACCUCUACUCCAAGCCAACAGGAUGUGAUAAGAUGUGAGAUAUUCAACAGAGAAGAAGCAUUUUGACCAAUAUCCAUUCAAGAUAUUUGAGGAAAAAUGGGAAACUGCCAACAUGGUUAAACCUGGAAGCUUGGAAGAAAGCAGCCAUCUGAAGAACUACUGGAAUUGAUGUACAAGUUGUGCCUCAGGGCCAAGCCAGGACUAUUACAUCUAUUUCUGCCAGAUUGCUGAAGACCCCAGCUUUACUGAAAGUAUUGAGGUGUGCCUCCUCCUGGCACAAUGCCAGGUUUUGGUGAAGAAGAUUUGUAACGAUCUGAGUUUUCCUCACAUGUUAUUUCCAAUAUCUGGAAUAAUAUUACAACAAAAUGACUCCUCCUCUUUGGAUAGAUGGCACGAGAGAACCAAGAAUUCGCCAGGGAUCAAGAAUAAUAGUCCUGCACAUGUAUGGGUUUGCAGAAGAACAUCAUUGGUAAUAUGAACAUGGAGCCAGAGGGAGGUCAUGCUUCAAGCAUGGACCUAAUUAUGCAAUUUGGGCUCAGACUGAGAUAGGACUGAGAUAGUGUUCUGGAGCAGAGUUCUUAGUUAAAGCAGAUGCUCUGUUUUUAUACGAAAGACUUUGGAGGACUUUGGUAUUGGCAAUAUUUAGAUUAUCCCAGAUGGAUUUUUUCUGUCUUCUUAUUUAGAAAUAUAUUGGGAAAGGGAUGGAAUGACCAAGCGUGAGCAACAUAGUCAUCUGACAAUGUUGGCAAGAGAAUUUGCUCCAAAGAGAUAUUUUAAUUUGUGUCCUUCUUACAGCCCUGUCUCUGGUUUCAACAUACAAUUAUGUGAGAUGUGGUUUGAGAUUCAAUAAUUGAAUCCAAUAUUAUUUUUUAAUUUCUGGUGCACAUAUCCUGCCUGUUUGAAAGAGGAUGACAUUCUAGCAUCAUGUGUAAACUUUGCUCUAAUGGUCACCCUAAAUACAACUUACGAGAAUUGAUCUUCAUGAGUACUGAACAAACAGUAUUUUAGUAGUUUUCUUUUUGAACAUUUUGGAGUGGGAUAGGGGAUACAUAUUAGAGUGGGUAUUCCUAAGUAUUAGGGUCUUAUUUUCCCACCUUUUUGCUAUUAUAGAGGAUAGAGAAAAAUGGCCCAUGGGUUUGUUUGAUUUGUCAUCAUAAUGUCUGUUUCUGUUAGAAUCAUUUUAGGAUAAGCCUGUGGCUGUCUAUUUUUCAAUUACUUCCUCCUGUCCAAUGUGUCUUAUUGAGCUGUGACUGAGACUUUCCGAUAACCCACUUAUUCUAGUUUACUAAGUUCCUUUGUGUGUAUAUGUGUAUGUAUGGAAUUUAUAAAUAUGCUGCUAAUAGUAUUGUGUAUUCAUGCAUGCACACACACAUAUACACACUUGCCCAUCUUUGCUGUCUGUGUUUGGAGCUACAUUAACAAGGUAAAUAGAACCCAUUUCUCCCCAUUUGGCUUAUUCUGUUCUGUCCUGCUACAUAUUGGAUGUGUCAUAGGAAAGGCAUGUUAAACUUGCAGUCCAGAGGGGACAGGAAAAACAGAGGUCAUGACAAGAGUCAAAGCCUUUUGAAAAGCCUUUUUAAUUCCUCAGUGGAGGAAUUAAUGGCACUGGAAUAUAGACUGGUCUGACUACUGUUUGAUCCAAAGCUGGAGAGUUGCUAUAAUAUUUUUUUUUUAAAAAAACUUGUUAGUAUUGCUAAUGAAGAAACAUUUACUAUAAAUGCAACAGUGGGGUAUUAAAAAGAUUUCCAAGCUUUUUCAAUUUGGAGAUAGAUGUCUCUCCCUCCCCCCGCCCCUCCCAGAAUAUCUUCCUGUUUUGCCUAAAGGUUUCUAAUACUGGAAGCGAUUUGCUAGACCAGACGUAUUGUCCUGGUUUUCAUUGAAGCUGUAAUCAUACUAGCACUAGUUCCAUAAAUGAACAUUUGGACAAAAGGCAGAAGCAAGAAAAGGUUUCUUCUUAACUCAGACCUUGACUGCCCAUAAUUGCUGCCAAAAGCUUACAGGCCUCUUUUGGGUCAGAGUAACUCCGUAGAGGUCAAACGUUAUUCUCACACCAGUGUCAGCAAUUCUUCUAUUACUGUCUGUGGCUUCAAUUCCAGUUCUUCUAAAGUCCAUCACAAUCUAGCUAUAGCUUCAACACGUUUGUUCCCAUUGAUCCUGUGUGUUAGCACCAUCUAGUGGAUCAUGAAAUUCCAUAGACUCGUAAACAUUUGAGUAAAAUAAGAGUAAAAGCUGCAAAGAGCUCUAUAACCCUUUAGUGCAGUAAUCUAAACUGAAACAUGCCCAGUAGCUGACUGCCUUGCCUCACCUCUACUUGAAAUUAACCAGUAAAAUAAUUUAUUUCACUGAAAUUCAAAUUUCCCUGAAUAUUAGGAGGAGCUCCCCCCCCUCUAAUAAUCACAAUCUGUCUUUCUGUGUCUUAAUCUAUUUUUUUGCAUCCUGCAGUCUUGCAUUGUAGAUAACACAUCUCUGCGUGAUGUGCUUUGAGAUAUAGGAAGACUGAGAUCGAAUCCCUCUAAAUCUUAAUAUUAUGAUUUUUCAAUCCCUCUUUAUAGUUCUUACCAUUGUUCUUCUCUGAGUUAAUUACUCCUCUUCACCUUCAUUAUGUUUGUUUAGGCAGCUAUGCCAGUAAUGAAUGUACAUUUGAGACAAGCCUGAGUAAGAUCAAACACGGGAAGAUGACAUUUUGUUGCCAACUCUUUUAAUACAGUAUUUUACGUGCAGCCUUCUGUAUGAACAGAUUUGCUCUAAUUGAAAGCAAAGUGUGCUAAAGAGUUCCAAGCUUCCCAGUACCCCUAAUUAGUUGGACAUUUAUGGUAGAAUGAAUAUGACUGGGGGUGGGCAGGAGGCAGAAUUGCAUCUAUUGGCAAAUUUAGCUUGCCCUUCUGUUGCAAAUCAUCCAGAGGUCUUGGCUGGCUGGGGGAAUUCUGGGAGUUGAAGUCCACGCAUCUUAAACACUGCCACGUUUGAAAAACAUGGAUGUCGAAGGAGGCUAUUGGCAGAAAAGAUGCAGUGACAGACUUGGAAUCACAAGAUCUUUACAUUUGACAUUUUCAGCCUUAUGAAAUAAGACACAAAGUUAGCAGGCUGUCCCUUCCAAGCCAUUGUAAAAAUAGGGGGGCGGGGGGGGGAGUCAAGAAAAAAGCGACUGCUGAAGUAUGGUAAUGGAAAGACUGUAUUGGUCCAUUUGGGAUAUGGGUGAUUCAUCAGAAAUGGUAAGCUUCCUUUGAGAAAUUUUGGCUUGGAGCACUCAAAAGGCUGUCCAGUACUGGGUUGAUUUUGCUACGACUUCAGAUUUCUGAGUAGACUUCAAUGCAGAAACCAAAAACAAAACUCUGAAAUUAUAAUCUGCAAAACAAUAUAUUUUCCUUUGCCCUUUGGGGAUAGAAUAAAACUUUACAACUUAAGAACAAGGGAUUUACACCCCUCCCCUUUUUACUCCUGUUGUUGAGUGCAGUUUCUCUGUGCAUCUUUUGUGCAUCAGGAUACCUGAAUCUAACUACCAACUUAAGCAUUUGAUAAGGUGAAAAUACAGUCUUACUUACCUGUAUGAUGGCCUUCGGGAAGCUGUUUUAAGGCAGUCCACAGAAGCAAUGGUAGCUGCUACCUAAAAAGUCAUUCUCAUUUGAAUAUUAUGAUUGUUCCUGUCUUACAGUAAUAAAAUGAUGUACAACAUUUAAAGUUUAGCUUCUCAAGAUAGCAGUCUACAUGGUGUAGAAUGUUGCCAAAAGCGAGACAUGCAAAAAAGAAUUAAAAUUUAGAAUGUGCGUAAGGAAAGUAUUAAUUUGUACUGCUCCCAAAUGCUGGUGUGAUUUAAUGUACACUAGAGAGUGGAGGAAACAUUUGCCUUUUCACAUAGUAAGUUGGUCAGCAAUAGUUGGAAAACACCACUCUCUCUGGGUAACAGAGGACUUAACU